AUGAUAGUUUUACCGGCACCCCCGCCUAAAGAUUACCGGCUCGAAGAAAUCAACAAAAGAUUAUUAUCAUCGCAUUUGUUCACGCCCAACGGGGAAUUGAGAAUCACCCAACCGACGAUUGGAAAACAUUGCGUACCCAUUCAUUAUCGAGACGACGAAGCGAGAGAUUUGAGCCGAGUAUCGCGAAGGAAACCCCACCCGAAGAUCCUCGAGAAAUUCAUGUUUAACGAGAAAUAUUCCUGGGUCACUGCACAAGGGAAAGACGAUUUUCUAAUUCACGAUAUGUACAAGAAAUACACCGUUAAAUCGCCCAGUUACGAUCCCAGAUUCAUGCAUAAAGAAAAAAUCUUCAACCGUUCGUGCCAGUACGAAAUGUCCUGCUCCAACGCCUUGAGACACGAGAAAUUCGAGAAGAAAGUGAAGAAAGACGAUCUGGAAUUCGAAUACUAUUACGGGAAAUUGGCGGAAAUAGAGAGGGCCAAAAAACCGCCCGAUAUUCAAAUACGGCCCUGCAUCGAACGGGCCCCCUAUUGGUGGCUGGAGAAGCCCGACGAGACCAUCGAAAAGAAGAAAUUCCCGAUGGAAUCCCUCGCUGUGGAACCGCCCAGGUUCUUCGAUAUACCGAAUUUUACGGCGUUCGUAAAAGACGAUCCUUGUCGAAGGAAGAAAGAUAUGCUAUUGGUUGGAAGAAAAUUCAAACACGACGCUUGUUUGUGGUAUUACGAAACUUAUCCACCUCCGAACAUCAAAUUCCUGCCCAAAAAACUCGAAUAA